AUGAUCUCUGGUUCUUCAUCUGCAGAACCUCAAGAAUGUCAGCAAGGCCAAUCCAUCUAUCACACCGCGAUAACCAUUGACGGUCUGAUUGGUAUUUCCAGAGACGGCAAACCUGCUCUUAACGCAGAUAUGGUCCAGUCUGUCGACCCAUCUACACAGGAUGGCAUCGCAGUUGUCAAAUAG